CAGUUUGCUGUCAGAAAUGGAAUCCUUUGACUAACUUCGAUUUCAGAAAGCUCUUGGAUCGUUCGCCAGCCAACACCCUCGUCUUCUUGCCCGUGUUCGCUUCCUUUCCCAGAUCUCAAAACUCGAAUCUUUUAGCUCUUGAGACGCAGUAAGCAGAGUUUCUUGAAACUCCCUCUCUCUCUCUCUCUCUCUUCGAGCAAACCCGAAAGAAAAAGCUAUGGCGGGAGCGACGGGCAGGAAGAUCUCGGCAGCUGCGGCGCGAGCUCACACCCGGAAAUCCAAGCCCAGCUCCUUCCGUCUCCCUUCAGGGAUCUUCCAGAAACUACUUCUGGUUUCAUUCAUUGGAAUCCUUGCCUGGGCUUAUCAAGCCAUCCAACCUCCUCAACCUAAAAUACCUGGUUCUCUUGGUGGGCCUCCUGUUACAGCACCAAGAAUACAGCUUAGAGAUGGCCGGCAUUUGGCAUAUAAGGAGCAUGGUGCUCCAAAAGAUGUUGCAAAGUUUAAAAUUGUUUAUGUGCACGGUUUUGACAGUUGUAGGCAUGAUGCUGUUGUCGCAAAUACUUUAUCUCAGAAAGUCAUCGAUGAUCUAGGGGUCUACAUUGUGUCUUUUGAUCGACCUGGCUAUGGACAGAGUGAUCCUGAUCCAAAACGAACGAGGAAAAGCAUUGCUUUAGACAUAGAAGAACUUGCUGAUCAGCUGGGACUUGGCUCAAAAUUGUACGUAAUUGGCUAUUCCAUGGGUGGCCAGAUUGUGUGGGGCUGCCUCAAGUACAUUCCUCAUAGGCUAGCAGGAGCAGCACUACUAGCUCCAGCUAUCAAUCACUGGUGGCACGGUUUACCUGCAAAUUUGUCUUCUCAGGCAUUUAACCAAAAGCUCCAGAGGGAUCAAUGGGCACUCCGUGUUGCUUACCACGCCCCCUGGCUUACCUAUUGGUGGAACACCCAAAAAUUGUUCCCCGCUUUCAGCGUCGUAACUCAUAGUACUGAUGUUCUUUCUCCCUCAGACAAAAAAAUCUAUGCCCAACAUAUAAGAGAAAAUUCGGCCGAGGUAAGACAACAAGGGGAAUUUGAGUCCCUCCACCGUGACUUGAUGAUCACAUUUGGUACCUGGGAAUUUACUCCCAUGGAUCUAGAAAACCCGUUCCCUAACAAUGAAGGUACUAUCCAUGUGUGGCAAGGGGGUGAUGAUAUGUUGGUGCCUGUCACGAUGCAGCGCUUCAUCUCCCAGCAACUCCCCUGGAUUCAAUAUCACGAGCUACCUGGAUAUGGACACGGAUUCCCUUAUGCUAAUGGGAUGUCUGAUGUUAUUACAAAGGUACUUUUACUCGGAGAAACUGCCGUAUAGCUUGCUUGACUUGUAGACCUUCAGUUUUGUUCAUUGUUCUUGAAUGAAAGAUUUGAACCAGAGUUGUAAGCGGUA